CAAGUAUUCAAAUUUGGUCGUCUCGAGAGAUCAAUCAACUGCAGUUUCGCGUAGCGAUAGUAAGGAAGAUAAUAGUAAAAAUGUACCGUUUCGACUACAGGAUGGUAGAAGGUCCACCCCUGCACUAUUACCACCCUUAUACAGCCCUGGAUGUGGAAGACCGUUUCCCGAAUUUUCGCCUGUUCGAAACUUAUUCCACCAGGACGGAAAUGAACGAAGAAAUACUGAUGCCCGCCUCUCCAAACAGUACACAGAGUGACAGUGAAAAUUCCGUAUCGAGCAUCGAAAUCCCUCAAAAAGAACUCCGCCUCCCCAGCAUAAUAAAAACCCACGAAAAAUCGGACGUCCAAUGCCGUUGGAGAUCGUGCGGCAUAUUUUUCUCCUCUUUGGAUCAAUUAGCCAACCACGUGUCAAACGCACACGCCGCCAGUGGCCUAGGGGGGUUGUUCUAUUGUGACUGGGAAGGAUGCACAAGAAAUAACAAAGGAUUCAAUGCCAGAUACAAAAUGUUGGUGCACGUUAGAACUCACACUAACGAGAAACCCCACAAAUGUUUCCAGUGCGACAAGUCCUUCUCCCGAGCAGAAAACCUCAAAAUCCACUCCAGAUCGCACAGCGGAGAAAAACCCUACGCCUGCCCCAUGCCGGGUUGCACCAAGGCCUACUCCAACUCCAGCGACAGGUUCAAGCACACCAGGACCCACCAGGUGGACAAGCCCUACCAGUGCAAGGUCCCAGGCUGUCCUAAGCGCUAUACCGACCCUAGCAGCCUGAGGAAGCACGUGAAGACCUACAAGCACUUCGUCAACGAGAGGGACUUGGAAGCUACCAGGCCUAGUGAGACCAGGGUGGAAGAGGUCUUGACGGAGUCUCAGCCCUUGUACAGGGAGAAUGUGAUCAGGCAUCCUUGCGAUUGCAACAGGGUGUGUUGUGUUACGAACUGUUUGAGGAGUUCGCCCGAGUUCUUCAAGAUCGGGUCGUUUAUCGACGUGAAGAGUAGGGAUGAUGGGUUGAGUACGUGGAAUCGAUACAUAGAACCUCAUAUUGGCAGUCAAGUUGGUGGGUACGAGGAAGAUAUGCAAGUUGAUGUACCUUUGGAUCUGAAUCGUACAGCGGCGAAAAACCCUACGCCAGGUUGCACCAAGGCCAACUCUAACUCUAGCGACAGGUUGAAGCACACCAGGAACAACCAGGUAGACAAGCCCUACCAGUGCAAGGUCCCAGGCUGCCCUAAGCACUACACCGACCCCAGGAGCCUGAGAGAGCACGUGAAGACCUACAAGCACUUCGUCAACGAGAGGGACUUGGAAGCUACCAGGCCUCCGAGACCAGGGCCAAAGAUGGUGUGUUGUGUUACGAACUGUUUGAGGAGUUCGCCCGAGUUCUUCAAGAUCGGGUCGUUUAUCGACGUGAAGAGUAGGGAUGAUGGGUUGAGUACGUGGAAUCGAUACAUAGAACCUCAUAUUGGCAGUCAAGUUGCCUUAGGAAUCGUGAAGACAUACAAGCAUUUCGUCUACGAUAAUGACAACAGGAGGAACCUGGAAGCUACUAGGCCUAGUGAAGAGGUCUGGACAGGGUCUCAGCCCUUGUACAGGAAGAACAGGUCGCCCGACUAUUUUAAAUUCGGGUCUUUUAUCGACGUGCAGGGUGGGGAUGAUAUUUUGAGUACGUGGAAUCGAUACACUGAUCCUCAAAUUGGCCAAGCUGGUGGGUACGAGGAAGAUAUGCAAUUCGAUUUACCUUUAGAUUUGAGUUUGUAUAGGAGAGAUAUUUGA